GCUUGUGUUCUCUCUCACAGGCCGUUCCCUUCAGAAGAUACAGCAGAGAAUGAAGAUGACGUGUACAGGAGCUUGGAGGAGCUGGCAGAUGAGCAUGAUGUUGGCGAGGAUGAUAUUUAUGACUGUGUCCCAUGUGAGGACGAUGGAGAUGAUAUCUACGAGGACAUCAUCAAGAUGGAAGUGCGGCAGCCCAUGAUUAGGUAUAUGCAGAAAAUGGGAAUGACCGAAGAUGACAAAAGAAACUGCUGCUUACUCGAAAUCCAGGAAACGGAGGCCAAAUACUACAAAACUCUGGAAGACAUUGAAAAGAAUUAUAUGGUUCCACUCAAGCAAGUUUUAAACCCUCAAGAAAUGGAAGCCAUUUUUGAUAACCUGGAGGACUUAAUCAAGGUACACUUUGCAUUGUUGAGAGCAAUCGAUAUGGCUAUGAUGGCAGGAGGAGCAGAUGGACUAGCUAAAAUAUUCCUGGACUUCAAGGAACGGCUCUUGAUUUAUGGGCAGUACUGCAGUCACAUGGAAAACGCCCAGAAGACUCUGGAUCACCUGAUAGCAACACGUGAAGACGUCAAGAUGAAAGUGGAGGAGUGUACAAUGAAGGUGCAGGAAGGCAAAUUUAAACUUCAAGAUCUGCUGCUGGUUCCCAUGCAGAGAGUUCUGAAGUAUCACCUCCUGCUGAAAGAGCUUGUGAGCCAUUCCACUGAGCGGCCUGAUAGACAGCAGCUGAAAGAGGCUUUGGAGGCCAUGCAGGACCUAGCCAUGUACAUUAAUGAAGUGAAAAGGGACAACGAGACCUUAAAGAAAAUGAGUGAAUUCCAGAGCUCGAUAGAAAACUUACAAGUGAAACUGGAAGAGUAUGGGAGGCCAAAGAUAGAUGGAGAGCUGAAGGUGUGCUCUAUAAUGAAUCGGACAAAACAGGACAGGUAAGUAAACUGAGGAGGGGCAGUUUACAUCCAUGCAUGAGUGGGGGGUUUCACAAGACAGACACAAUGAAUAUCAUUUCCAUAGCCAGGCAUCAGACAGAAACCCAUAUC